UUGAUAUAGUCGAGCAGGGCUGAGUCCACACGCCACAUCGCUGCAGCGUUCCAUCGAAGUCACGCCGAAACCAGCGACGCUUUGAUUGAAAGAAAAGAUUACAAUGAGUGGUUGUCGCGUCUUCAUUGGCCGCUUGAGCCCGCAUGCCAGGGAGAGGGACGUGGAGAAGUUCUUCAAGGGCUAUGGCCGGAUUAGGGAAAUCAACUUGAAGAAUGGAUUUGGCUUUGUGGAAUUUGAUGACCACAGAGAUGCAGAUGAUGCCGUGUACGAGUUGAAUGGCAAAGAAUUGUGCAGUGAAAGGGUCACUAUUGAGCAUGCUCGCUCCAGAAGAGGGAGAGGUGGUGGCCCCGGAGGAAUGGGAGGACGUUUCAGUGGCGGAGGAGGUGGUGGGGGUGGAGGCGGCGGCGGCGGAAGCAGCAGCAGUGGAGGCGGUGGCUAUCGUCCAUCUCGCAGCAGUGGUUCCAGACUGGACAGGUAUGGCCCACCUGUGCGGACAGAUCACAGACUCAUUGUGGAGAACCUCUCUUCACGAAUCAGCUGGCAGGACCUGAAAGACCUGAUGAGAAAAGCAGGCGAAGUUACCUUUGUGGACGCACACAGGCCUAACAAAAAUGAAGGAGUGGUUGAGUUUGCAUCCCGCAGUGACCUGAAGAAUGCCAUCUCCAAGCUCGACGGUUCAGAGUUGAAUGGACGCAAGCUUAAGAUCUUUGAGGACAGCAGAAGCAAGAGCCGCUCUCGCUCCCGCAGCUACUCCCGCUCAAAGAGUCGUUCCAGGAGCCGCAACCGCUCCAGGAGCCGCUCCAGGUCCCUGAGUCGCACCCCGGAGAAGAAGACGUCCGGAGGGGGCAGAGCGUCGGGCAGAUCCCCCUCCAGAUCCAGGUCCAGGUCCAGGUCCAAGUCUCGCUCAAAGUCCCGGUCCAGGUCCAAGUCCCGUUCCAGGUCUCGCUCCCGCUCACCUGCCCCUGCUCAGAACAAGCAGUCCCGUUCACGGUCUCGCUCCCGGUCUCGUUCACGCUCCCGCUCCGCCUCUGCAGACAGCAAGCACUGAGACCGGGGCACUGUCGGCCAUAAAAUAGACUGAUAGUUGCUCACCACGGGCCUGUAUGGUGACAUAUGAUUUAUUGUUUCAUUUUAAUGAAGGGGAGGAAAUCUCCAUUUACAUGGCUUCUUUUGAAAUAAGAUCAUAAGUCAUUAAUGUGCCCUCAUUGGCUGUCUUUCUUUUUUUACUUUGGAUGUGCUUCCACCGGGAAAUGUUUUUUUCUAAUUUUAAUUUCUUUUGCCCCCCUCAUCAACUCCCUUUAUAUUUUGCUGAAAUGCUGAGCGACAGAACCCCUUUUGAUCGGUGACGAUCCUCAUCGCAUCCUGCAGCCCGUCCUCGCCGUCUGCCAUGUUUCGAUUACAUCACUCCCCUGUGCUCCGAGAGUUUCCACAACAGUUACUGGUUAGGUGGGAAUGCUACUGGUUCCCCAAAGUGUCAAACGGUAUGUUUCUGCUUCUACACGAGUUGCAUUCACUGCCCUGAUAUGUAAAUCGAAAAAAAAAACCAAGUAUCUCGGUUGGUAUUUCAGCUUUCUUGUGUAAUUAUGUUGGAAUCUGGCAUUCAUUUCGUUCAAUUGUUGCAUCAGGACCUCGUGUUGUGAUUCUUUCGUUGCUUUUUAUUAACUUUGCCUGCAGCUUCGGCCUGAAGCGCGUUGUGGUCUUGAACUCUAGUGUCUGUUCCAGCAGGAAGAAGUGUCUCAAAAUAAGUUUAUUCAUUUGAUACUAAUAAAACUCUCACUGCAUAUUGUCAUUUAUUUUUUUUAGUAAUGUUCAGAAAGAACUGAUUUUUUAAAAUGUUUUGUGAAUACAGGUCGAGACUCACAGUAAAGUCAACCAAAUAAAACUUUCACAAACUGUUAACUAUGA